AUGGCACAUCCCUCACAACUAGGAUUUCAAGAUGCAGCAUCACCAGUUAUAGAAGAGCUUCUUCACUUUCAUGACCACGCCCUGAUAAUUGUAUUCCUUAUCAGCACUCUUGUUCUUUACAUUAUUGUGGCAAUAGUUUCAACUAAGCUCACAAACAUGUACAUUCUAGACUCCCAAGAAAUCGAAAUUAUUUGAACUAUCCUCCCAGCCAUUAUCCUCAUUCUCAUUGCUCUCCCAUCCCUGCGGAUUCUGUACCUAAUAGAUGAAGUAACCAACCCCCACCUCACAGUCAAAGCAAUUGGACACCAAUGAUACUGAAGCUAUGAGUACACUGACUACCAAGAAAUUGCAUUUGACUCCUAUAUAGUCCCAACCCAAGACUUAACUCCCGGACAAUUCCGACUUUUAGAAGUUGAUCACCGCAUGGUUGUUCCAACUGAAGCCCCUGUUCGAGUCCUAGUAACUGCAGAAGAUGUACUCCACUCAUGAGCUGUUCCUGCCCUGGGGGUAAAAAUGGAUGCCGUCCCAGGACGAUUAAACCAAACAGCUUUUAUUGCCUCACGCCCAGGGGUUUUCUACGGCCAAUGCUCAGAGAUUUGUGGUGCAAACCACAGCUUUAUACCUAUUGUGGUUGAAGCAGUCCCCCUAAACUUCUUCCAAGACUGAUCCACCCUAAUACUUGAAGACGCCU